AUGUCGCUCGUCAGAAGCCUUGCGACACGGCAAUGCAGGACGGGGUUCGCCCGUACCAUCUCAAAUUCAGCAAAAGUCUCACUGGCACAACCUAUGCCAACUGAGCCACCAGAAACUCCCAAAGCUAAACCACCUCUCAUGAAAGAGUUCAAGAUUUAUCGUUGGAAUCCAGAUGAACCAGAGAAAAAGCCAACUCUGCAAUCGUAUCAAGUAGAUUUGAACCAGUGCGGCCCGAUGAUAUUGGACGCCCUGAUCAAGAUUAAGAACGAAAUGGACCCCACCCUCACCUUUCGGCGGUCAUGUCGUGAGGGCAUUUGCGGAUCAUGCUCUAUGAAUAUCGACGGGCAAAACACACUUGCAUGCCUCUGCCGUAUCGAUAGAGAUGGGUCCAAGAACACAAAGAUUUAUCCCUUGCCGGCUAGAGAUUUCGCACUAGUGUACGUUGUGAAGGAUUUGGUCCCGGAUCUUACUCUCUUCUUCAAGCAAUACAAGUCGGUUGAACCGUACUUGAAGAACGAUAAUCCACCAGAGAAAGGCGAAUAUUUACAGAGCCCAGAGGACAGGAAGAAACUCAACGCUCUGUUGCAUGCCUACCGCUGGAUAGCUGACUCACGAGUGAGUGGACCACCAUUGGUCUCAAUACAUGGCUCAUUCUCUGUUUGCAGGACUCUUAUGGUGCAGAUAGGAGGGAGAAGCUUCAGAAUACGUUCAGUCUGUACCGGUGUCACACCAUUCUCAACUGCAGUCGAACAUGUCCCAAGGGAUUGGAGCCCGAAUCACUUUGGCCUCAUCUACGAUCUGGUUGCCCAAGACUGCACCUGCGUUGCUUGUAUGUCGACCAAUUGGGAAUACGAAAUUGACUGUCUCACGUUACACAGAGAAGGAUCCAGCCAGACAUUUCCCAAUGCCGAUGUAGGCGACGUACUUCAGAUUCCAGAUUGGCCUGGUCCACGAACCCUUGCGGUCACGCGUAAAGAACACAUCCUACACAGAUGGAACACACACACUAGCCCUCGUACCAUCGAUAAUCUUCCUUGGUCUGGUGCUGUCUGCUACAUUCACUUGAGGUCAAUCGAUUCGGAGACCUUGUCACUGAUAAACGAACUAAAACAGGGCUCGACGGUGUUCCCAAUUGCAUUUAGCGCAACCAUGGUUGGUGUCAGAACAUAUACGGCCGUUAUAAAUCUGAAAAGGGUAUCAAGGCGGCGCGUACUUGUAGUACAUAUCUGUACGAUUACUCCCAACUUCCUUCUUGCCAAAGUCGAGUGUGAUUCUGGCCACUGCGGAGUAUCUCGAAUCAAGAAGCUGGACGACCAGGACGGUCAACAAACGCGUGCCAUGCUCAACCGAAAGACGUGGUACAAGAUAGCAAGAGAACUACCCAAGAGCGUUAUACCCAACAACUACGACGUAGGUCUUCGCAAUUUUACCGUUGAAGACCUUAGCAGAAGAUUCACUAUCAUCAUCAAUACAUAUUACCACGCGACUAUUUCACCCUUCCUUGGACUGAAUUCUCUCCUGCCAAACGAACUUUAUUUCUCGCCCCACAAUCCACCCAAGACCGCAGAGGCCAUAGUCCACAUCCUAUCUCCCAGAACAUAUAGCUGCCGUUGGGAGUGGGUGCUUUCCGCUUUUGUCGCUUCACUUGCCUUGCUCGGGGUCACCCUCAUCGGCAUAAUAUGCGAUAGGCAAGUGGUUUGCCCAGACAUUUAUGGAUAUGUCUCGAGCAUGACAAGAGACGAUGCUAGUGCGGUUCGAAGACGUAGCUCCGAACAAGAAGAUAGGUCACCUCGCUUUUAUGAUGGCAGGGUACAAGAAGCUAGCAGAGCAGUCGAUCGACAGUCGUCUUCAGAGGACGAAGAUAUAUUCGUAGACUUGACGACUGUUGAGGAGACUAGAGGAGUACUAUUAGCCAAGAUUAAGCGGAUAAAUCACUCUUUUUAUACAUCAAUGGUUGAACUCUGGGGACGAAGAGGUUGUAAAGAUGGGAUAAACAUAGGCCAGAACUCGACUAUUACGGGAGACAAACGCCUCAAUAUCGCGUACAGAGGAAUAUCAAAGAAUCUGACACCGAAAUACUGGCUAGCCAGAUCAAAUCAAAGAAAUCGCAUAGGAUGGGCCGAAGAACCCAGCCACCACUUUGGAUUCAUCUACGACUUGGUUGCCCAAGACUACGCCUACCUUGCGUGCAUGUCGACCAACUGGGAACACGCACCUCCUAAAGAUGAAGCCUUGAAGUCCAGAAAUCAGCAGUCGGAACCAACACGGAGCGCCGAUUCCUUUGAAGAUGAACUAGAGAAAUCUCAUUCUGAUAGCAAGGAUGCUCUCGGGCUACAUGGAGACGGAUCCAGUCAGACAUUCACCAACGCCGAUGUAGACGACAUACUCCAGAUCCCAGACUGGCCCGGUCCACAAACACUUGAGAUCACGCGCAGGGAAAGCAUUUUACGCAGAUUAGGAUAUGCGUUAGCCCUCAUACCACCGAUAAUCUUCCUUGGUAAGGAAAUGAGACACGUGGUGGCCCGAUCUAUCUAA